AUGUCAAAAGCUUGCCAUGUCUGCCAUCGCACCUUUGCUCGAGGCGAGCAUUUGAGAAGGCAUCUGAGAACCCACACGAAAGAAAAGCCAUAUGGAUGUCAUUGUGGACAAGCCUUUGCCAGGCGAGAUCUGCUGACCCGCCACGAGCGCCUCUAUCACGCUGCGGGUACGGCUAACACUCCACUGGCAAAGUCUCCAAUGACUCCAGGCCUGGGCCAAAACUCGGCAGCCCCCAAUCCCUGGCCAGUCUACCAUGAAGUUACACAAGGCACUAGCCAAAUGACAUUGAACAUGUCGGGGCAAUUGGAGAACCAAGGUUCAGCUACUCCGCAAGAGUUGAUGCAGCAGUUUUCUUACGGCAACUCCCAUGAUCUACUGGAUCCGCCCAGUCCCAUGGAAGCUAUGCUUGACAUCUCUGAGUUCUUCGACGCUGUUGGUCUUGACUUCCAACACGGGUUCGACCUUUUCCCCUCCACAAGAUUCGCUACAGAGGAGCCUGAGGAAUCCGCACCUAUCCUCGGAACAGCUUCAAGCACGAGUCGAUAUUACCGACCAACUCCUGAAAGUCAAGACCAGGCGCUGGUCUUGAACGAGUCCCCUUCAAUGCGAAACAUUAUUCCAAUCCCAGAUGCAGAGACUGGCGAAGGCAACAACAUUUUAGAUGACUUCCAUGAACUGAAGCCUUUGAGGCAACCGUGGAAAGUCAACGAAUCUCAGCGGAGCCAAUUCGUUCAACAUCUCAAACCAUACGCUACGGCGCUAGGAUCGUUUAGGCUUCCUUCCAGAUUGUCGUUAUCAAGAUACAUCGCUGGCUAUGUCGACGGAUACAACGACCACCAUCCUUUCAUGCAUAUGCCAACAUUCUGCAUGAAGUACUAUCGAGACUCUCCAGAGCUGGUGUUGGCACUCUUGGCUGUUGGUGCUCAACUUCGAUAUGAGACACGCAACGCUUCUGCACUGUACCGAGCUGGAAGAGCAAUAAUCUUGCAUCGCCUGGAAUCCGGGGAGUUGGCAAAUCAGCCUGGAGGAUUAUGCGGAACAUCCAGAUCAUCAAAGCCUGUCGCUUCGACAUUGAACGAAGCCAAUUCUCCUACUGCCGCCGCACGCCUGGACACUAUGAAGGCAAUCUUGUUAUUGGCAACCUACUCUACCUGGCAAGAGGACCUCUGUCUCGUUCGAGAGUCUCUUGAAUAUCAAGGCCUCCUCGCGCGGUGUCUGCAAGAGAGUGGACUUGUAAACGACAUCUCUCACAACGACGAGGACCUGGACUGGCAUUCCUGGGCAAGAGCCGAGUCAGAUCGCAGGGCAAAGCUCGCUGCCUUCUGCUUCUUGAACCUUCAAACACUGGUCUUCAACGUUCCGCCGGUCAUCUUGGCGAACGAGAUUGACCUAUGGCUACCAGUAACUUGUGAUGAAUGGCAGGCGCCUAGCUUCGCCUUGUGGCUUGAGGCUCGCCGCAAGAGCCCAUCGCUCGUUCGUUUCCAGGAGGCUUUCGUGAACUUGGUCCAACCUCGCACCGAAGAACGUCCGGUCCCUUCGCCCUUUGGAAACUUUGUGCUGAUACACGCAAUUUUGCAGCGCUUCAUAGUCACAAAACAACUUUCUCUAGACCCUGCAUCCCCGGGUUAUGCUCCCGAAGAUAUCGCAAAAUUCGAGUUGUCGCUGCACCGAUGGCGCGACCAAUGGUGCAAGGCUCCCGAGUCUGUUUUAGAUGUUAGGCAUACCAAGGGAUCUCUAUCUUGGACAGCAACGUCUAUGCUCGGGCUUGCCCACGUGCGCCUACAUUUUGCUUCCAGAAGACCGCAAGAGGUUUGUUCCGGUAACCCAAAGACUAUUGCAGGAAAUGCCUGGGAUGCUCGGCCGCCAGAACGUGGGCCUCAGCUCGUCUACGCUCUACUUCAUGCAGUCCACGCAUUGAAUAUUCCUGUGCAACUCGGUAUCGACUACUUGGCCAGUUGUCAGGCGUUCUUCUGGAGUCUCCAACACUGCUUCUGUUCCUUCGAGGCAGCAGUGUUUCUCAGUAAAUGGCUGUAUAUGCUCGCUGAAACCCAGGAUUCGGAAUUAGACGGCAAGUUACAUGAGUCAACGAGAUUGCUCAGGUCGAGGCUAACUCAAAUUCAAGCAAAUGAACGCCAGAUUAUAAGGUGGAUAGAAUGCAUCGUCAACGAAGCCUUGGCUUCAGUCGAGGCAAUUGACGGAUAUGACCUAAGUAUCAUGGAAAACGACACCUCGCACUCUUUAGAGACUCUUGGUAGUUUGGUCAUCAAGCUAUUCGCCAAGAUGUUUGAAAGAUGCAACAGCGCCUGGCCAAUUAUGAGGACGAUCGGUCAAAGUCUACACGAAUAUGCGAGUCUUCUCGAUGAAUAA